GAGAUCUGUGCCAUCGCCACGGGGCUGCAGCGCGGGGACACACAGGGGAUGCGGAAUCUGGACGACGAAAUGAAUCAGAACGGUCAACAACGGAGGACGGGAUCCUAAAAGGGAUGACCGCCGUUACCGUACCUGCAGGGAGAGGGCUUUUGUUUUGGCGUGCUGUGGGUGCUGGGCUCGCUGUACUGAGACCUGUGAACAGUCGGCGCAGCAGCGGCAGCCUCCUCUUCCCAUAGCCCUGCCAUGGCGUUUUAACCAAAUGGAACACAAAGACGGUAUACUACUACCCCGCCGCUCCACGCGCACAGCACCGGAGAGGACGGGGAAAAGCACAACGGCCAUUUCUUGGAUGGUGCAGCGCUUGAGAUGAGCGCACUCUCGCAAUCGUCAAAACGCCACUGAAUGAAUGCUCAUUUGGACGGCGGUUAUCGUUGGUGUGUGUGUGUAUGUGUGUGUAUGUAUGCGCUCUCUGCGUGGCCGCGUCUGCUGCCCUAGCUAUCUUUCUCUGAACAAAGACGAUCGCGGCGCCGACUGGAUGUAGCGGCGGCAUCUAUUCUCCUUCAGGACAGGACAGCGCGGCGAUUCGAUGCCCGUGGCCACGCGACCACGGAGGGACCACUCGCCCGGUAAUGGCCAAGUUCGGCCGAGCCCAGAGGCGACGCCCUCGAGGAUGCUGCUGCCGCCGCUCGCUCAGGUGGAUGGGGUGGUGUUUCCGUUCCUCGGGGGGUUCGGGAGGUACCAGAAACGGCUCAUGCUGUUGUCAUGGCUGCCGGCGCUUAUCAUCUCGUGCAACCAGUACUCGGAUUAUAUUCACCUCGCCCAGCCCAACAUAACGUGCAGCUCUCCAAACGCGAGCAGUAGUUUUUUUGGAGGAUUCAGGAGAACCCUUCCGCUGCCGUCGCUGAACGGCAGCGCGUUCAUAAACGACAAUUACGAGGAGUAUGAAGUGGAGUGCUCGUGCAAGGAGCGGCACAUACACCUGGACUCUGGCCUAAAAAAGAAUGUAGUCACGCAGUGGCGGCUGGUGUGUGAGGAGGAGUGGCAGGCCCACCUGGCUCAUCUCUCCUUCCUGAUGGGCACGGCGGUCGGAGCUCUUCUCUUCGGGGCCCUCGCAGACUGGUGGGGCCGUCUCCCGGCGUUGUGUCUCUCUGCGUUGGUGACGUGUGUGUGUGGCGUGGCGGUGGCCUUCGCCAGGAGUGUGUUGGCCUUCUGCCUGCUGCGAUUCCCACAAGGCGGCGGCCUGGCCGGAGUAUUCCUCUGCUUAUACCUGCUGAGGAUAGAGCUGUGUUUACCAGCCUGGCGUUUCUCCAUGACGAUGGUUGGCAACGUGUUGACGGUGGGCGGGCAGCUGUUGUUGCCAGGGUUGGCGGUGCUGUGCGCUGACUGGCAUGUCCUCCAGCUCGUCAUCAUCUGCCCCUUCAUCUUUCUAUUUUCAUACGCCUGGUUGUUUCCUGAGUCACUGCGAUGGCUGCUGGCAACUCAGCGCUACGUCCGGGCCAAAGGCCAAAUGUACCAGGUAGCACAGGGCAACCACGUCGACACAGAAACGGAUGACACCGGCCUCCUUUCAGCCCUGGAGGCUGAGUUGCAGCAGACGCCUCAGAGCUCUUGCGUCCUGGAGAUCGUGCACACCAGGAACAUGUGGAAGAACAUCCUCGUACUAUGUGUCAACUCGCUGGCGAGUAGUGGUAUGGGCCAGUGUUUUGCGCGUGUGGUGUGUGGCAUCUCCUUCUCGGCGGUGCACUACCUGGUGCUGGUGGGCAUCGCUAUGGGCGGCUGCGCGAUGCUGGCCACGGUCGUCGUGGUGAUGGGCAGGAGGGGGGCGCAGCUCUCGUUCAUGAUCGUCACCGCACUCGCAUCACUCCUGCAACUCGGGCUGCUCAACUUGAUUGGAAAGUACAGCCUCCGACAUGACAUAGCUCUGCGGGAUACUCUAAACAGGCGUCUGUCGGUGGCGUUGUCUGUGAUCGGGAUGCUCACAUCUCACGCUGUCAACCACCUCAGCGUCUUCAUCUGCGCAGAGAUCACCCCCACAGUCAUCAGGGGAGGUGCGGUGGGCCUGCUGCUUGCCAACGCGGCGGUGGGCAUGUGCGUGUCCGCCCUGGUGGACCUCCAGAAGAUGCGCGGCUUCUUCCUGCUGAAGAUCAUCCUCACCUGCUCCUGCCUCCUGUCAAUCAUCUGCAUCCCGUUGCUACCGGAGACCACCAACCAACCGCUGCCCGAGACCAUGGCGGAGGGGGAGGGGCUUCUGCGCAGGCCACUCCCCUCGGGAGAGCAGCACCACCUCCUGACGAGAGCCGAGAUCGCAGAGUACUCGCGCGUCACGGAAACCACGAACAUGCACCGGCGACCCAGCACAGACACAGCCAAUGGGAUAAGGACUUCAUGAGUCCCACAGCCAAUGGGAUAAGGACAUUACGAGCCACAGCCAAUGGCAAAAGGACUUCUUGAGUCCCUAAUGUGACGUCUGUGUGACAUGGACAUCUAUUAGCAGAUGCUACGGGCUUCUUCAAGAGUACAUUUCUCUUGUUUUCUUCUCAUAAAAAAAAGACACUCGCUCAUAUGGGUGCACAAUACAUACAUAAAAACGUAAAUUGUUUGUCGCACACACUCACACACACACCAUCAAUGUGUCUGUUGGGUCAAGAGACUAAUGUGAAAAAAAAGACAAUGGUUACAGUUCCCACAAUGUACAUGUAUCAAUGCAGUUGUGAUGGCAGCAGUUCAAUGUGAACAUUUAUGGGCAAUAUUUCAAUAUGUAGUGCAGGGUGAAUGGUCGUUUGCUACCGUCCUCCAAAAGUACAAUUUUUAAAGAAAAAUACACAGAUAAUACUCACGCAAUGAACACGGACAUACAAUCAUAAUAACAGUUUGUAACUAAUGCAGAAAUACUCAGGAUGGAUAAUGACAGUAGUGAGUCUGUAUGUGUGUAUGUAUGUUUGUGUGUGUGUGUCUGUAUGAGACGUAGGUGCUCGCAUCCGAGUGUGGCAACAAACAAAAGAACAAAAAAACAAAAACGGGGCUGUGUGCUCGGUGAGUGUGUCCAAAAUGUGAAAACUUGAAGGAAACAUUCCAUGAUUUAUUUUCGAACAAAAAAAAAGGAUUUAGUCUCACAAUCUAAAUAUCUGAAGACAUUUCGUGAACUUUUUUUUUUAAAUGAUGACGUGGCAUUGGCAAUCACAAGGACAUGUGGAGAGUGAUAAUAAUGCCAUCACAGUUCAUGUAUGUUUGUAAACAGUUUUUUGCACUAAUUUCAUAAACACAAUCAUGUGGGAUGGAUGGCUGAAUAAGAAGGGAGUGAGUGUAUGUGUACUGUGUGUGUGUGUGUGUGUGAAGGGUCCGUCUGGCCAUUGAUGGUGUAGAAUAAAUGUAGCCUGAGGCCUGUCCACAGUGUAGCGGCAUAGGAUCACAACUACCAGUGUGUGUGUGUGUGUGUGUGUGUGUGUGUGUGCGAGCGACUGUGUGUGUGUGUGUGU